GGUUUUGUAAAAAACAACAAAAAAACAAAACAGAACGCUUUACUUUCUGGAUACAUGGUACAUCUUUGUAAUAGGCACCAGUUAUAAAGGGUUUAAAAUAGUCACUAGUGGCAUGAUUAAUGGUUAAUAAAUCAUUGACUAAUACUUUAUAGAUCCGUUAUAUUACUUUUUAGUAAUAAUACAGCUAUACAUUUUGGUAAUCCAUCAAUAAAUGCUCAUGUUUUCACUUUGUAAUAUCUUCCCAAUGUCUGCAAUUAUAAACAAUGUCGUUUUGGUCCAGCAAACAUUUCCAUUAAGUGUUCUAUGGUACAUCCUCCUGAUAAACUAGAGCUAAAGCAAGUCAUGCUGGAGGAUAAACAACAGCCAGAGAGAUUUUUCACAAUUUGGCAACCCAAAAGUUGUUAUUUUAAAGGCUUAUUACUUAUCUAUAAUGCAUUUGUAAAUCAUUUUGUGAUGAAGCCAUGUGGGACAUUUCAUAAACCCUUCAUGAGGGUUGCCUUAUUUUGGUUCAGGAUACAUUUUGUGACUGCAACGUUUUGCUGUUGCUCAUUUUGAGAUCUAAUCAUAGGGAUUGAUUUAUUUUCACUUUCAUUACAUCCAUAAGUAACACAUUGACAGAAUGUAAGAUUAUUUUGGUCAUGGGUUUCAUUAUCAGAUGGGUGAUCCUGGGACAAAAUCGUAACAAAUAGGGGUCCGUGGUCUAUUUUGUGUCAGUUUAGGGGUCCUAGACGUGAAAAAGUUUGAGAACCACUGGUCUACAUAAUCUGGGGGGCAGUACUGUGGACACUGCAGGUGCGGCAGGGGUGCAGUUGCCUUUGUGUUGUCGCUGUAGUAAACACACAGUAGAGUCCAAACAUCCCGCCCGUGAAGAACAAUCACCUCCUCUACGUUCGCGCUAGUCUGUCCGGUGGGCGUCUCCCGGAGCUGUUUCAGCUGUGCCAUUGGACAAACACUGCUCCCUUUCCUCCCCGGCUUCCGCUUUCUUUCAUACGCACGCCCAACCACGGAAUAAUGAUAAUAAUGAUCAAGAUGGCUACUACAGAGUCCUCCUUGCGGUAGCUAACAACCAAUUUCAUGGAAGCACUCAAAACUGCGAUUUCCCACAGUUCAAGUCCCUCGUAGGUGACGGGGGCUGCGCCAGGGGCACUACUAUAUGGAUUAAUACGGGCUGAGAGGAGAUAAAAGUAACUGUGUUGCCGGCAGCACUCAUUCUGAGGAAGCUAACUAGCUAGCUGUAGCUGUCGACCGUCUCCAGGUUUAGCUCUCCAGCCGCAGAGGAGUGACGCGCUCCCCGCGUGCCCGGCCGGUAAACGGAGAGCGUGAAAUGGCAGAGCCGAGGAAAGUGCCGUUCGUCACCAUCUCAUCCUUCAACACCUCGCCGCCGACCCCGGAGUCCAGCAAGAAACGCCGCCGCGAAGAUGAGGCCGUCGACAUCACUUUUGGGAAAGAUGGAGGUGGUGGAAGUGCCGCGGCGACCGGGUCAGGAGGAGGCUGCGGAGGUCUGCUCGGUAACACGAAAGGAGGCGACGCCGAGACCGGGGAGACGAAGCCUACGGUCCGCCUCAACCUCCCUCUUAGCGAGCCCAGCGAGCGUGGCUCCGCUGAGUUCAGCUACAGCGAGCUGGUCAACUCAACUCUUUCUCAGGUAAAGCAUGCAGGUUCAACAGUCCCUAAAGGACUCGCGCCUCCCCUGGACCCCAACGACCCCUUUGCUGAUGAUGAGAGGGAGAGACGGGAGGUAGAAGAGAUGGCUAAGAAGUUUGAGAGCAAAUAUGGUGGUAGCUCAAAGAAGAAGAAAAAGGACAGGAUGCAGGAUCUGAUUGACAUUGGUUAUGGUUAUGACGAGACUGACCCCUUCAUUGACAAUUCAGAAGCCUAUGACGAGCUGGUACCGGCCUCUCUUACCACAAAACAUGGAGGCUUCUACAUCAACACUGGCACUCUGCAGUUCAGACCAGCAUCUGACUCAGAGGGCGAAGGUGCCAGCGCGGAGAAUAAUCACUUCAAGAAGAUGAUGAAAGAUGGUGAAGAGCGGGUGAUUAAAAAACGUCGGAAAAAGCAAGACGGUGGAAUUCUGGAAGACAAAAAACCCAGGAAGAAUAAAGUACCAAAGCCCGGGGUGUCAGCCCUGAAUGUUCAUCGACCAGAAAAGAAAAAGAGGAAGAAGCUAAUGAAGGAUUCUCUGCACCUGGCCAACAUGCUGCGCCGCUUCACCCGGGAGAAGGAGGAGAUGCGGAAGAGAAACAUAGCCGCAGCCGCCGGUCUGCAACGACCCAACGCCAAAGUGCCCAGUGCCAACAGUGCACUCAUCAACACCCACAACAAGGCUACCAGCGGCAACGACUGCAGCAUGGCUGACCUGACCUCCGACCCGGCCGUGAUGUCACUGCUGGGGUCAGCCAAUAACGACAUGCUGCAGGACAUGAUGGGGGACCUGGACUUCGGGAUGCUGGACUCUCCUCAGCCCUCCAGUCCAGCACCGGGAGAGAACGGCUCCUUUGGAAUGGGACAUAAACAGGGUGGAGGUCGCGUGUCACAGGGUAAUGUGAUGCCCCCUCCUCCCCUGCCCAGCGGACUCCCAGGCCCGCUCACAAAACGCAUUGAAGACCUGAGAGCGGCCUCCCGUCUGUUUGAUGAAGAGGGCAGGAAGAAAUUCUUCACAUUAGACAUGAACAACAUCCUACUGGAUAUUGAGUUGCAGGUUCAGGAGCAGCCGACAGAGGUGCGUUCAGCCGUCUACUGUCAUCUGGAGGCCUUCGUACCCUGCAAUAAAGAAGCUCUGCUCAAACGCCUUAAGAAGCUCAGCCUCAACAUACAGGAUGACCGUCUUCGAACACCCCUGCUAAAGCUGAAGCUGGCUGUGUGCAGCGUGAUGCCAGAGCAGAUCGCUCGAUACAACAUGGACUGUAUCGCUAAGGUGGCAAAGCAGCAGUCUGAGGAGGGAGAGAAGAACGGUUCAGAGGAUGACGAUGAGGAGAAACCAGGGAAGAGGGUGAUGGGACCUCGAAAGAAGUUUGUCUGGGAUGACAAACUCAGGUCACUGCUGUGUAACUUGGUGCGGGUGAAGCUGAGCUGCUACGAGCUGGAGGGCAAGAACACGCUGUCUCUAGAAGACUACCUCAAAGCCUUUAUGGAGACUGAAGUUAAACCUCUCUGGCCUAAGGGCUGGAUGCAGGCCAGGAUGUUGUUCAAAGAGAGCAUCUUGGCUCAUGGUCACCUUACAGGCUACACAGCGAAGAAAAAGAUGGUCCCUACUCCCAAGGCCAAGCCAAAGGAGGCUGUGUGGGCUCAGCGGCCCACUCCUUCAGUAGGUGCCACUCCGUCCCCUGCUGCCCAGGUUGCCAAGCGACCACCUCAGUUACCGUCUGAGCCCAUAUGUCUCGAUUCCCUCGACGAGGAUCUGACGGCUCCCUCCUUGGACUCCAUCUCCCAGGCCCUGGCCAUCCUUGGCAACGCAGCCAAGGGCCUGGCCCAAGGGGACAGCCCCCCAUCCCCAGAAGGACCCGACACGGCCAACAACCCCUCCUCCCUUCAUCCCUCGCCUCUCAUCCAGCAGCAGAAAAAGAACUCUGUCAGCACGCCCAGCUCCAACACACCUCACUACAUCUCUACCUCUUCGUCUUCCUCCACCUCUAUGUCUCGGCCUCCCUCCAUCACGUCCUCUCCUCUGUCCUCAGUGAGGGUGGAUGGGAUGGGGGUCGUUAAAGGCACGGCGCAGGUGCACAGACACUCAGUGUUGAACACUCACAGACCGGUGGGUGUGGCUAAAGUCAACAUGCCUGCCUCAGCCAUGCCAUCUAAACCACGCCCACCACCUACUGCGUCUCCGCUUGUGCCCCCAGGAUCAAAGAUGGGGGUCUCCACUACCCCCUCUGGCCUCCUCAAAGCCAGCAGCAAUAAUAGUAAAGCCAACAGUGGUGACACUCUCAUCAUUACAUCGCCUCAGUCUCGGCCACACACGCUUUCAUCAACCGUGCACAUGACCCCAAAAACCUUCCAGGCGACUCGCCUGCCCCAGACCCCACAGAGCAAAUCCUCCCCCUCCCUCUCUCAGUCGCUCACUGUAGUUCAGCCCCAGCAGCAGUCCAACUUCAUCACCCCUAUGCACGCCACUCUCACCAAGUCCACCCACAGCAGCAUCCCGCCCAUCGUCAAACUCACUCCCCGUACCCCCAAUCCUGUCGUCACUGUCACCACCUCACCCUCACCCUCCAUCUCACAAAGCCCCAGGUCUCAGGCAACCCCCACCAUACACCAAUACACCCCCAAAAGCCCAGCAGGGUUCCGCCCGCCGUUCUCAGGUGCCCAAGGAGGAGCAACCAAGCCGGGGCAAGGCAGCUACACUCCUCCAGGAAGCCAGAAGACCCCAAACAACAAUAGCACCACCAACACCAGCCUUAUUAACACCUCAUCCAUAAGCAAGCAUUCAGGAUCCAGUGCCUCCCCCACAACGGCCUCUGCCAACCCAGGCCAGCGUCAGAGGCUCGGGGGUGGGACACCUCAGGGGGCCAAGCCCAUCGCAUCUGUCCCGUCGCCAUCCGUCUCUUCUCAGUUGCCACAGGUUUCCACGGCAGGUAGCAGCAGUCUGCUCGGCUCAGCUCCGUCUCUUCCCCUGGGGUUUGGGAUGCUGGGGGGCCUGGUGCCCGUAUCACUGCCCUUCCAGUUCCCCCCGCUGCUAAACCUGCCUCCACUGGGUACAGCAGGCUCCAGUACGGCAGCCAGCGGCUCCGCGGCCAGUAGCAAUGCAUCGUUUUCUACCCUGACACAGAAUCUGUAUAAGAGUCUCCAGUCAGGGUCUCAGGUUGCUGUGCCUCCUCACUUGCAGCUCGCUUUCUCAGAUGUCAGUCAAAGCCAGGGAGGAGAUGCUAAGAGGAAGACUCUAUGAUGCAGCUGGAUUUCAACACCCAGCGGAUGCCGUCUAAUGAAAUGACGAGAUGUUGGGACAAAUCAGGACGGAGCAUGGCUUUGAGUGACAGAUGGACAGACCACUCAUAAUCGGGGCCUGAAAUAAGGACUGGAUCGUACUUCAGAUGUUUGGUCUGAGAAGAUCAAAUCAACUUUUCAUGAAUACCAGUUCAAUAUAACUUUUUAAAAAACAAUUUGAUAACUUUUAAAUACUAUUCAUAGAAUUGUUAAAUGAAAUGACAAACAGCUUGUCAAUGUUUACAAGAUAGACCUAUAUCACUGUGGGCAGGGGGAAGGAAUGAGUGAGAUAUUUUUAGGUGAGUGAGGGCAUAUAUGUGUGUGUGUGUAUGUGUGUGAGGGUCUGAAUGUGUUUGACUGGAUGUAUUGUUUGGUGGGACUGAAAGUGUGCCUUUGUAUGUCUCCCUCUCUGAUGCAUGGUCAGUGUGUCUAUUUGGUGCUGUUUUUAUCAUAAUGUAAUUAUCACUGAUACCUGUAAGAAAUGUAAACUGCAAAUAGUUGAUUUGAGCUUUUUUUUUUCAAUGGGAGCUGUACACUUUUUCAUUGUUCUUGAAUUCUUGAAUGAAUUCUUUUCUGUAUAGAACUCAAUACUUUUAAUUAAAUUUUUCCCUUCACAAGGUAGUGAUAAUUUAAGUUUCAUAUUUAAGGCUGAAGUGAGUUUUGUUGUCAACUGAGUUUGAUGACUCCAACAUUAAAAACCAUUGUUUCCUCUGGACUCCAUACAACACAGAAA